AUGAGUUCAGAUCAUUCUUCCAAAUUUGACGACGCGAUUCAACUUGACGAGUCUCUUUUAUCCGCGAGCGAAUACAAUGAAAUAGGUUCUGCACAUGAGGAUCUUACAAUCAUGCACUCAGGUGUCCCGGCAUCGGAAGAAUCCAGUAUCUUGAGAACUCCGAUUCGACACAAUUUGCUAUCGAGAAUUGAGCUCAAUACCAUCGUUUCGGAGACAGAAUAUGAAGAUGCAUCUAUCGUGAAUACUCCUCGACGAACAAGCCAAAAACCUUCUCGAACACCGUCUCGAACCCCAUCACGUUCCAACACGCCCAACCGAACCCCCAGAAAACCAACGACUCCUAUAACUCUACAAGCGAUUGCUGAUGGAACAACUCCACGUCGACAUCGGCUUCUACUGUCGCUUUCAAAAAGCAAAGUGAAUCGAAGCUACUCUCCCCGUAAGGAUUUGCAGAUGUUAGGGCGAUUAUUGACGCAGGAAAAAGAGGAUGAGCGAAAGAAACGGAAAAUUCAGCAUGGGCCUGAUCAAACCAAUGCAUUGGAGAUCUUGUAUGCGAAGCUUGCACCAGAAUCCACAGAAAACCUCGAGCGUGCAGAAUUAUCAGGGGAUUUGAUGUCUCAAUCAGAAAAAAACUUGACUACACCUGAUAGAACACCAAGAAAGGGACGAUUGUCGAGUCGAUUAUCUCUCGAGGCCUCAUUUGGAAAUUCAAAUGUCGCUCUACCUGAAGCAAUAAUUCGCAAGCAGGGGGAUUUUGAUAUUGAUUCCAAUGAGGGUAUAUUUGCAUCGUCUAACGUAAGCCAGCCUGUCUUGGAAGACAUUGACAACUUCGACAUCGGAGUUGACUAUGACGCAUUCAGCAGUGACGAUAGUGAUGACAACGGCAGCCUUGGCGAUGAAGUGCCGGAGGCAAAAGAUCUUUCUCUUUUGAGUGCACGUCCAGGAGAUGAGGUGCCCUCUUUUGUCACCAUCAGAAAAAGAACAAGAGGGCUACACAGUGGAAAUGGCAAUCACCCAAUGUUUUCACUAGCUAUGAUACGAAAUAUCACAAAGUGGCUUCCAACAGAGACUGACUCAAAAAAGCUGCAGUCAAAGGAAACUUUGGUUGAACUCCAGCAUAUCAGUGAAGAGUUUUUCAGACAAGAGCUCGAUGAUCUUGAAAGCUACAUCGAACAUGCAAAUCGUAGAACAGUCAGUUAUGUUGAUAUCAAGCUUCUGCUGCAUCGUGCGCGACUUGAUUCGUCUUAUGAUCUAUUCACUUUCACAGAUAAAGCCACGUCCAUCGAAAAUGACAUUUUGAACCUGAGUUCGCAGGUGUUUGAUCUUGAGAUUACUUCGGAAAUUGAGAAGCUUCUCUACAGAGACAAAAUCCAGCGUUCAAAACGAAUAAAAAAGCAGCUUUUCAAGAAACAAGAAACUAGGAGGCAAUUAGAGCAUGAAAUUCAGGAUGAAAGUGAAGGCUCACCAGAUUCAAUGAGCGAUCUGGGAGAACAAGAACAUAUGGAAAAAAUCGAGAGGCCCACUUUGGGACGCCCUCGUCACAAUAGGGAAAAAACUUCCAAUAUUAACACUCUGCAAAAUAAGUCCGAAAUUGACAUAGCUAAUGAACGUCAAUUUGAGUCAAACUUGUACCUGCGAAUAGAAAAUAAUAGAUCGUCCAGCGAAAGCUCGCUGGUGAUUCCAUUAGAAGAAGAGGAUAGCGAGGAGCAAGAAUAA